CGAGAAUGUUUGGAAUGAAUGCACCGAUGAUGAUGGCACCCCCUCCAACGAAUCAGGGGUUUUUGAUGAGACUGUACACCAAGGGCACUGAGAUUGCGAAAACUCUAUUCCGAUGGGGUUAUAUUCCGUUUGUGAUUUAUUUGGGAGUGAAGACUCCAUUCCCGGUAACUGUCCGAGAUUUCCUUCCGAUGUAAGCAUCCCUUGUACAUUUAAUUCUCAUUU